CCGGAGUGUUGAUCCAACUGAUGGCCAUCUACUCCCUGGAUACAAAAAUGUGGAAACUUACGUACGUCGAAGAUAACUCGCCAGCCUCCAGGGCACUAGAGUGCUUUAACUUCUGGCACAAGAUAUCGGUAGCCGGAGGACUGAUCCUGAUUGCCGUUUCCGGACAAUAUCACUAUUGCACGUUUUAAACUGUCAAUCCAGCCAAACCCCAGAAAAAAUCAGAACAAUGUCGCAAGGAACCGAGCCAGAAAUAGAUCCGGAAUUAAAGAAACAGGCUCAGCCGACCUCUGGUAGUUUUCUUUGCCUUCACACUUCGCCGCCGCUGCACAUAGCCCUCCAUGGAAUGUCGGCCCUCAUCCACACCCGUUUAUCCAAGACGGCCUUUGACCUUUGCUUGGAACUCUUGGAGGCUGGGGUCAAUGUCCAAGCCUUGGCCGAGGUAAUCCUGCACGUGCUCGAUGUCAAGGAGAAAAUUAAGGCAGCUACAUACAUAUUUCCAGACGUCACAAAAUUAAAACUUUCCUACAGACAUGCCGAUUAGUCUUAUCACAUCCGACCUGCUCAACUCAACCCUCAACCCUCGGGACAUCAGCACCACGGAGAAAUCCCUUAUUCGAUAAGCAAU